AUGGCCAGCCAAUGGGAAGCUUUGUUCUUGAUGGUCAGCAGCACAUGGGCCUUUGCCCUGGAGCGUAACAAGACUAAACACCAUAACAAGACUCAAUCAGACUAUGCUUGGAUGACAAAAAGGAUAAGAACAGCUGUUGGAACUACGAUGAACAUUCAGUCUGUAAUCAACAAAGAGGUCUUUAUCCCUCAUGAUGAACGGAUGCUGGUUGCAGUGGAGGUGCAGAGGAGGAAAAGGAAGAGGAUGUCUUUCCUGCCUGCACGCUCCAAAGAGGAAUAUACCACAUUCAUCUGUGUGUCCGUGACCAACAGCAGACCACAUCAGCUUUUGAUUACAAAGGUCAAGCAGUUUGGUGGCUCCCCCUCCUUCACAAGAAGAUCCCAGUGGACUGUGGAGCAACUUAAACAGGUCAACGGUAUCAACCCCAACAAGGACAGUCCAGAGUUUGACCUGGUGUUUGACAAUGCUGUGGACCAGUGGAUGGCCACCUCAUCUGCGGAGAAGUGUCUGUUUGUCCAGAUCCUUUAUCAUGCAUGCCAGACUUACUGGGAAGCGAAACUGGGCAGUGUGAGGAAUCUUGGGAAGCCGGGAAUAUCAGGCCAACAGCGGAAAGCAAGUCUUUCUGCUCACACCGAUAUUAGAGGUAGUCCUAGUGAGACCUUAGCGACCAGAAGCCUGCAGACCAGAAGAAAGAGCGUUGCUCCUCCCAGACAGACUGAGUUCAUCAACUGUCAGUCCAAGCUUACCGGAGACGCCAGCACCAUGAAUCUGAUCAUCUACCGCUGCAAAGCCUUCUUGAAUCGCGUGAGGAAGGUGAUAGUUAAAAACCAAAGUCUUUCGCCACGUCAAGAAAAAGGUCUAAGUGGACAACGCGGCUCAGACAGAACGAUGGCAAACAUAGUUCACAGGAUCAACGUGAGUCUGGGGGAGCGUGGGGACAGACUGACCCGUGCCGAGGACAAGACGGUGAAGAUUAUGAGCAAGGCCCAACAGUUAGCCGACACAGCUCAUAAGUUGGCACUGAGGCAUUCGAAGUAGAGCCUGUUGGAGGAUCUGGAAGGCCUGUUCAGGAACACAGUAACGUGGAAACCCCCGGCAGAUUUGGCCCUGCUGAUGUUGAUGACUGCCUCUCAGAAGAUGAAUGGAGUGACUCUCAGGGCUCCAACUCUCACUAAACACCCGAAUUUUUCUGAGUUUCUUCUCAUAAAAUGCUGUCAUUAAUGUCCUUAUUAAGCUUUGAUGUUCUUGCAGCUCUGUAUCAGCGCGUUCAAGGUUUGCUUGUAAUGAAGGAGAAGGACAGUGAGAUAUAAAAGCCGAAAUGCUAUAUUUGCCUUGUAUUUGCAUUUGAAUGUUGUUGGAUUUAAACCACCCUAACAUUUAUUUUGAAGUUCCAGCCAAGCUUACUGUUGUUUAAAUGACCUGCUUCAAUUUUUUUUAUUCCUGCUAAAGGCAUGAGGCAGCAGUCCUACUCAGGGUCGGUGGGAUUUACCCUCAUGUGUAUUUAUGCAGUGUACACCGCAAUGUCUUUUGUGUUGUCUACUUUGUCUGUUUCAGUCUGUGGCACCAAUUUUUUUUUUUAAAUCUUUUUGUGCUGUUUUUCUGUGACUGUCACUCUGUCUUAACGUCUACGUCCUGCUGUGUCCAGAGGAUCUGAUUCAAUGUGGUUCAGACAAAUGUUGGACAUGGAGGGGUUUGUUUUUUGGACUGAAGCUUGUUUGUGUAAGGGCAACCCAUGUUGAUACUUACACAUUUGUUCUUCAUACGCAGAUAUUUUGUAAUUGCAUUUUAUAUGCAACUUUGAUGUUUUUCACUAUUAAUUGUUGCCUUUUUUUCUCUUACACCAAACUAAAUAAAAGUACACAAAGAUAUA